CGCAGUGGAGUCGUCCCUUGUCUCGUGCGCACCAAGCUCCGCGUUCGCCGUCGCGUUUCUUCCAUGGAGCACAUGAUCCUGAAAAAUCACUCCUACACUGAGUUCCUUCAGGAAUAAAGAAACAGUUACGAGUGGGUGAUUCUUCGUCAGAGUGUGACCGAUGGGGAAUUGUUUCAGUGCGGGUGCGUGAACGCUUGAUUUGAUGUUUGUUCGCCAUCGCUUAUCGCAGUGCGCCGGGGCGAUAUGGAAUAUAAACCGCAAAGUACAAAUUCCGAAUUGUCGAUAAUACCGCGAUGACAAUAAUAGAUUCUUCAAGUGCUAAUCUGUGAAGUGGCAUGGGUGUUACUCGCGUACGAUAACUGGGGCGGACUGUCGUCGACUUUGUCAAAGAAUCGCGUGAUGCACCCGUGAGGGCUCCUCCCUCGUCUAUUCUUCAAGGUGUCUCGGAGGGAUUCAACCCCCCCACGUUAGUGUCGUGAUAUUGGAAGUGUUGCGGGGGAAGUAACGCAAGAGAGGAGAGAACGAGGGUGGACGGUAGAGGUGGAAGGAAGAGAGGAUCCGAGCCACAGGCGGACGCCAUCUCCGCGUUAUCGGCAAGCGGACCCCUCGGGAUUCCCCCCCGAGCAACCUCGGCGUCGCGCACCCUCGGCGGGAACUACCCCGCGACAGCGACCACCCUGAUGGGAGUGUAUGAGGAGCGCGCCCCUCCUACCACCGGCAUGCACUGGCAGCCGCCCAGCUCGCAGGAGCGUGGCAGCGGCUUGGCUGUGGGGCGCCAGGGGGGACCUGGUAGCACGGGGGGACCCGGAACAGUGGACCAGGCACGGGAUCUGAGUCCUUGCCUUCCCGCAUCGAUGGGCGAUGCUGCGCGACCCACCACUCUACCGUGCAGUCCUCCUGCAGCCCAUCAUCACGAGUCCCAUCAUACGCCCCUGCAUCAAACUCACUGUGGCACCAAUAACAAUUGUUACGAUGGUUCGACCACCCCAUAUGAGUCGAGGGAUUACGACUCACCUGGAGCGGGCGGACAGGAAUAUAGAGGAAGCGGUAGGAACUUCGACAACAGUGACCUAAGCAUACCAUCGCAAACCGCGCAUCACCACCAUCAUCAUCACCAUCACCAUCACCAUCAUCCUCAUUUACAUCCACAGACGCACUCACAGGAACAACAAACCACGACAGAACAUUUGCAUGCCGUCCCAAAGUUGGAACCGCCGCCUACGCCACCCGCGCAAUCGGAGGAUGUUCCGGGGGUAGUUUGCGCGGGAUGCGGCCUCAAGAUAUCAGACAGGUUUUAUCUGCAAGCCGUCGAUAGGAGGUGGCAUGCCGCAUGUCUUCAGUGCUCGCACUGUCGGCAGGGUCUUGACGGGGAAGUCACCUGUUUCAGCAGAGACGGAAACAUCUAUUGCAAGAAGGACUACUAUCGGAUGUUCGGCAGCAUGAAGCGGUGCGCGCGCUGCCAAGCGGCGAUCCUAGCGUCCGAGCUGGUGAUGCGCGCGCGUGAGCUCGUAUUCCACGUGCGCUGCUUCUCGUGCGCGGCGUGCGCGGUGCCCUUGACGAAGGGCGAUCACUUUGGCAUGCGAGACGGCGCCGUGCUCUGCCGGUUGCAUUACGAGAUGGGCGCCGAGCAGCAUCCAGCCCAAAGUCCGCCGGUCCCGGUUUACCCGCCGGGGCCGCACUACCCCGGUCAGCCCUUCCCCUCACCCGAGUUCCUCCAUCAUCAUCAUCAUCAUCAUCACGCGCCACCGCAUCCACAUCACACGAUGCACCCCCAACACUCGCACAGUCAUGUCAGCCCGGUACCGCUACAGCCCUCCACGCCCUCCAUACCAGACGCUUCCUCACCUCCGAAGGUACCCUACUUCAAUGGCGCCGCUGCCGUGGUCCCGCCACCCAGGCAAAAGGGUAGACCCAGAAAGAGGAAGCCCAAAGACCUUGAGACUAUGACCGCGAGUCUUGACCUAAACGCGGACUACAUAGACAUGCCUUUCGGCAGAGGAGGCCCUGGGACCCCGGGCAUACCCGGCUCCAAUAGCAGAACAAAACGGAUGAGAACGAGCUUUAAACAUCACCAGUUAAGGACGAUGAAGAGCUACUUCGCGAUCAAUCACAAUCCCGACGCGAAGGAUCUCAAGCAGCUUUCCCAGAAAACUGGCUUGCCGAAAAGGGUGUUGCAGGUCUGGUUCCAGAAUGCGCGAGCAAAAUGGCGGCGCAUGGUACUGAAACAAGAAGGCAAAUCCGACAAAUGCGACAGCGGGGUGGACGGUGGUAAUCUCGGUGACCUUGAGCUGUACGGAAACAGCACCGGAAGUGGCGGACCGCCAAUGAGUCCGCCCUUCAUGCUCGGCGGCCCCCACAGUCCUGCGUCCCUAGCCUCCCUAGACUGCGCGUGAUCCUUGACGUCCACGUCCGUGCUCUCCGGCUAGCGUCGCGCAUCUUCAUCUUCAUCCUACCAGGACAUCAUAUUUGGACGUGCACCUCUCCGGACGGUUUUUCAUGUGAGUGAAAUCGCUCGCGAAUGCACGAAGACGAUGAAUUGUGAAUAGUCGAUAAGCGUGUAAAAAAAAAAGGAGUAUCAUAUUCUCGAACGGAAUUCGGAUGGAUUAGCGAAAAUCGAUCGAGCAAAACUCGAGGAGUGCAUUUUUCGAAAGCGCCAACUUUUCUUGAUUGAAUUGUGAGUUUCUUGAAAACAACAAAUUGAUGAAGAUAUGAUUUUCUCAUUAUCGUUUUAUAAGUUGAAAAAUUAGCUUCUCGAGCAGCUCGUUUCGAAUCGAUUGGCUGAUCAAGACGUUGUAAAAUUUAAUAUUCCAGAGAACAUUGUGACAUCUUAAAGACGUCUUUUGGAUUUACAAUUUUUUAAGAUGUCUAUCAAAAAGAUGUUUUUGAUUCCAUUCGUUGAUUCGAACGUAACUGAAUUUAUGACGUCUUUGAAGUGACGUUUUUAGACAUUUAUUUGGGAUCACUUUUAAAUAUUUGGGAUCACUUUUAGAUAUCUUAAAGUAAAUAAAAUUGUGCAAAAACAAAAGGGGAA